ACGUCUGACGUUGCACGCACGUCUUACGUCAACUCAAAUCGAAGUAGAUUUCUCCAGGCGUACACUCGCUAUUUUCUGCAUUGCAAUAAACAUUUUGUACAUACAUUCUUAAACAUGAUAUGUUUGAAACCACGGGAUCUUGUCGCUGUAAAGGAAUAUCCUUAAGGAAUACCUCGUAUGGGAUCGAAAUCUACGCUUCUUUCAGCUAAGCUAACGUUAUUGCAUCUGUUAGCAAAACUUGCUACCUAAGAAGCUAGGGCUAGCAUUUCUGCUAGCUAUCCCUACCCUACCGUCGAGCUAGCUAUGCUUUAGCAUUUUAGCCUAGCUCGCUAACCUGUGACAUCUGACAAAGGGCACAGAUGAUGUGAUCCUGAACUUGCCAGAGUGCAAAAAAAGCUUGUUUGUGCAUUAUCAGCUGCAGUUGGCACACACUUUUGACAUCGCUUCAUAAGACCUCUUCCCAUUAAUCCGCACGGCGCUCCUGUCUGCAGUUCCUUCUGCACCUGAACCAUGUGAGGACCCCUCGGUCCAGUCUGAGGGGAUCCCAGGACUGUUGCAAAUACGACCCCGCUGUGCGGGGUGAGACUGAUCCAGUGUGUUCCUGAAAGAGCAGUCUUUUCAGUACCCCCCUCCCCAUCCACACAUUCCUGUUCUCCCCACUGAGGAGACACGCCAUGAUGUUCCGAGACCAGGUAGGUAUCCUCACAGACUGGUUCAAGGGCUGGAAUGAGUGUGAACAGACGGUGGCACUGUUGUCCCUCCUGAAGAGGGUGUCCCGCACCCAGGCUCGCUUCUUACACAUCUGCCUUGAACACUGGCUGGCUGACUGCACAGAGAUUCACAUCCUAGAAGCUGAAGCCAACAAUGCAGCAAUUGUCAGUCAGUGGAAUCAGGAGCCAAAGGAGAAGGUUGUGUCCUUGCUGCUUUCCCAUCUGCCUCUGCUGCAGCCACGUAACAGUGAGGCCAAAUGUGAGUACAUGAAGCUGCUUCAGAAGGUGUUGAGUCACACUAUUGAGAGUAGCCUGUUUGUGGAAGAAAGCAGACAGCUGCUGUCCUAUGCGCUCAUCCACCCUGCCACUACUUUGGAUGACCGCACUUCUUUGGCCAUGUGGCUAAACCACCUGGAGGAACACCUGUCUAGUGGCUAUGCACCCCGGGCCCCAUCUAGCCCCUACCAAGCGCACCAGGGGUCAGAUGAAUGGCCCGGCUCUGCUGAGUCUCUGGACCCUGCACACGCCUGGCACGACAAAUCCCCUUCAUCCAGCACGUCUCCAGCAGGCCAAAAUGGACACAUGUCUUUUCCGGGCAGCAUGUCCUCUCCCAUCAACAGCAAUAACACAGGUUUGGGUGGACAGAUGCAGCCCAGCCCUCUGAAGAAGUCCAUGUCCGUUAUUCCUUCCAGUCCCCAGGCUUGUGGCUCUGAGUGGGUUAGUCAAGAUGAUGCAGGGGGCCGACAGAACUUCAUUUCAACAGACCACGCGCCCCUUUCGCCCCAGAGCAGCGUAGCCUCCUCAGGCAGUGAGCAGACAGAAGAACAGGGCUCCAGUCGCAACACGUUCCAGGAGGAUGGCAGUGGCAUGAAAGAUGUUCCUGCAUGGUUGAAGAGUCUUCGCCUUCAUAAAUAUGCAUCACUUUUCUCCCAGAUGACCUAUGAAGAGAUGAUGAUUCUCACAGAGCAGCACCUGGAGUCGCAGAAUGUCACUAAAGGAGCACGACAUAAGAUUGCCUUGAGUAUCCAGAAACUGCGAGAGAGGCAGAGUGUUCUCAAGUCUUUAGAAAAGGAUAUUUUGGAAGGGGGAAAUCUGCGCAACGCCCUGCAAGAGCUGCAACAGAUCAUCAUCACCCCCAUCAAGGCAUACAGCCAACCCAGUGCAGCACAGACUACCCCGGACACGGCCACUGUCCCGGACACUGCCACCUCCCCUUCAGAAGCCACAAAAACAGGAGCAGACAAAGAGCCGGCCUCAGAGAGCUUCCAGUCCCACAACCCACCUCCCUGUGAUGGAGACUCCCCAGCCACACCUAUCUCAGAGGGCGACAUUGCUGGACAGUUCACCCGCGUCAUGGGAAAAGUAUGCACCCAGCUGCUGGUGUCAAGGCCGGAUGAGGAGAAUAUCAGCUGUUACCUUCAGCUUAUUGAGAAGUGUCUGGCACAUGAGGCUUUCUCAGAAACUCACAAAAAAAGGCUGGUCUCCUGGAAGCAGCAGGUCCUCAAACUGCUUCGUCUGUUCCCCCGAAAAGCUAUGCUGGACAUGCCUGUGUACCGACAGAAAGGCUGGACGUAUGGAUCCAACUCCCUCCCCACAGCAGGCUCUGUGAGUGGAAGUGCAGCACGGCGGGGCCAAAGGCAAUUCCAGAUGACCCCUCGUGGACUCCCAGCUGGGCGCUUGGGUCUUCUGAGUCCCAGUGGGCUCGGGGGAGCAUCUCCUCGCCACACCCUCACCAGUCCUGCACUGACCGGCCAGGGUAGACAAAACCUGUGGUUUGCCAACCCUGGAGGCAGUAACAGCAUGCCAAGUCAGAGUCGGAGCUCUGUGCAGCGGACCCACUCACUCCCUGUCCACACGUCCCCACAAACCAUGCUCAUGUUCCAGCAGCAAGAAUGCCAAGUUCCAGGUGCUGACCUGGAGAUCAACCCCACGCUGGAGUCACUGUGCCUCAGUAUGACAGAGCAUGCCUUAGGGGAUGGAACAGACCGGACAUCAACGAUAUGAAAAGACGAAAGGAAAAAUACACUUCAGUCGAGGCCUGUUAAGUUCCUCAUCACCCAGCACAAAGAUAACGCGUAUGCUUAAGAAAACCAGGCAAAGCAGUCACUACAAAAUGACAAAAAAAACUGUGUAUAUGUUCUCUAAUAUUUUUGUACUUUAUUAUAUACAGCUAAGUUUAUUGAAAAUGGAAUACAGAUGAUUAUUAUAUUGCAAGACAGAGGAAAAAAAAGCAAUCUGCUCCAUGUCACCUGCAGGACUGUGGCAUGAUGUGCAGAGGCUCAGUUUGCCGUGGUCUGAGAGAAAAACGGUGGAUUGGUGCUCUCUUAAAUGGGUUCUGCCCUAUGAGUUACUCUUCUUUUCCUCCUGCCUUGGAGCAAGGCUUCCUUCCAGAACACACUGACAGCCGCAGCACCACGUGAUGUGUAGAAAAUCCAGAAAAUUCUCAGCCAGAUGUAAGGCACUUUUACUAAAAUGUCCAUGAUAUUAGCCACUCAGCUGUAAUUGGCCCAAGGAUACAGUCACAGAGUUUCCACUUGUAGACAGGUGUUGAUAGACAGAUACCAACACAUAUCCACCCUAAUCGUUCUUUAACCUGUGCUAGUGGGGUCUCUUGUUGGUUGAAAUUUAGGUCUGAUAUCAGACCGAAUUGUCAGCUCAGCGGAGUGGGCUCAUUCCAACUUCUUGACCCAGGCAGAACUUAGACAGCUUUCCUUUGUUCUUUUUAUCCUCUCUAGAGAAGGUGUUUUUUGUGGCAGCGAAGGGAGGAGAAAAAGGGUUGAGGAAAUGCUUGCAGUCCAACCGUAGGCAUACUUUUGUCUUGGUUGUUUUUCCCCUGAACACGUAAAGUAGAAGUGACUGUCCUCCCCUACACUUCUUCAAAGCCAAAGAAAAGGGUUGUGUGAUUGUUAAUUUGAGAAGGAUAUUUGUGGUGAAAUGCAACACAAUGGUAUACUAUUUUUAAAAAGAACAGCAGUUCGAAGAAUUUAUGCCAGCUGCAAUUUGUCUCUGUUAUUUUAUGCCCUACUACAUAAAUGAUGAUGAAUCUCAUUUUGAGCCGAGGAAUGCCCAGAAGGGUGAAUAAGGGCCGGUGAGGUUUGUACUGUGCGAGAGCUGAUUUGAUAUUGAAUUGAUAAAAGCGAAGAGGGUAGAGUGUUUUCAAUUUACACUCUAAUGCUGGGUGAGAAAACUAAAUGAAACCCAUCUCAACCCUCUGGCCCCCUUAUGAUUGGCUCAGGAAAAUGAAGCUUGGUCUUGUAAUAAAUGCUUCAGAGCGCAGAGCCUCACCCUCGCAGUGCCCUCUUCCUCAAACGGCCAACAUGAUGAUUUGAUGAAUCAUACUUUUCAAGGUGCUUGAUGGUGUCCAUAUUUUCUGUUUGUGUCUCAGUGUGUUUCAGUCUCAGAAACCUAACAUUAUCAUGUGGUAUCAGUGUUGAAUCAAAAACUGUCUUAUACAGCCUCUGUCUUUGAAUGUGGCAGAGCGGAGGUGCAUGUACGUGUAAUAUGGUCUUAACUUUGGAUCAUUUUUGGUUGCAUUAUAAGGCAGGGAUAACCAUUCAUAUUUUAUUUCAGCGGAGCCAUAGGAGGUCUGUCUAGUAAAGAUGGUUAUUUACGGAUAUCUUUUUCCAAUUGUAUUUUUUACUCUCCCAUGAUAUUGAUAACUUAUGCUUAUUUUCUAUGAUAGCAUGUUUUGCCACACUAAUACAGCACUGUUGUAGAUAGAGGACAUGAUGGUUGAUGGUGGCCAGAGUCACCAACAGCUAGAGAGCAGAAAUCUUGCAACUAAUGUGUAUGUUUAUAUCACCUAAAAUGUCACUGUUUACAUCUCUCUGGGAUAAUGCCCAGUUCAUGUUCUGUGAUGUCAUGAAUACUCCAUUGUCUCACUAUGUAACACAUUAAAGAACUGACGCCUUCUCGCACAUGAGCUGGCGAGGUAGAGCCCGAAAAGAAAAGCCUUCUACUCCCGAGUCCAGGCACUCCGUAUGAGUCUCAGUAGAUGUUUCAAGUGAAAACUGUAUGAGGCUUGUAACACCUCCUUUCCAAGUCAUGCGGUGAUGGGUGAGAGAAAAGCUUUCCUGGCCUUGUAAUUUGAACUUUUAGCUGUCAUGUCCUGAUGAACUGUUCAUGUGGUGCCUGAAAUGCACAGCUCCAGGAUCCUCACUAUGUUGAUUUAAUGGUCUUGAGUAGUAUUCUAGUCAUGGAUUUCUUCAGAGCGGGCUCUUGGAUAGAUCUGACUUAUUAAAAGCAUCACUCUCAUGCCUGCAACGAAGUUCUGCAAGUUAACAUUGCUGACAACUUUAAGACUUGGCAAUCUUAUUUUUUCACUAUUCACAAUAGCGUUUAUCGAUUGUGUUAUGUUACAAAUGGCUCAGAUUAUCCUUUUCAUAGCCUCUGUAGCUUUGGACAGCCGAUGUAUUGCUGCAAAUAGACACAGAGGUACAAUGCAGCAGAUUCCUGCUGAAGUGUUUGCGUAGUGAGAAUGCAGCAGGGGAUGACGAUGCUUAUCUGAGCCACAAAUUAUGUGAUUGUGAGUAAACUGAACACUAAUACCAGGCCAAGGAAUAUGUUUACUCCAUGUUUACAUUCCAGUGAUGCAUGAAAUUAAUUGGGAAAUGCACUUCAUAUGUUCAGCCUUGUGUAUUUUCAAAAAACAAGCAUCCACUAGGAGGUACAGAGCCUGUGUCAAAUGGAGACAUCUACCAAGUGGUCCCAAGAUCAUGUUAGUGUCCCUGCCAGGCUUAAUUAUUGAAUUAAUGGAGCCACCUGUAGGCACCAUUAUAUAUAUUUGUCUUGUACAAUUUAUAUUUAAUUCCAAUGACUCCCCAGACAUUUUUCUAAUAUUUUAUGAACAUUUUACAUCCCAUGCUUACUCUACUUUUUUACUGUCACUCGUAUGUGAGAAUGGUCUGAAGUGAAGCAUCCGUCGGAUUAUUGACAGUCCAAAUAAAGAGGUUCAGUUCUUUUGCAA